UCCUUGUUCCUCUGACUGAUUCUCUCUGCCUGCCUCUCCUCAGACUGACGAUGGCUGACGCCCAGCUGUUUGUAUCACAGGACGAGUUCACCUGCUCAUUGUGUCUGGACACCCUGACUGACCCUGUCACCAUCCCCUGUGGACAUAAUUUCUGUCUGAAGUGCCUCACGGACUGCUGGGAUCAGAGCCAAGAGUGCAGCUGUCCUCAGUGCAGACACACCUUCACCACAAGGCCUGAGCUGAACAGAAACACUCUGCUGAAUGAAGUCAUCAAGAAAUUUAAAAGACCAAGACUCAGUUCUCCUCCGCCUCAGAGUUAUGCCAGCUUUGGAGACGUGGAGUGUGACUUCUGUACUGGUAAGAAGUUCAGAGCAGUGAAGUCCUGUCUCACCUGCCCGGCCUCCUACUGUCAGACUCACCUGCAGCCUCACUAUGAAGGAGACGCCCUGAAGCACCACAAGCUGGUUGAUCCUGAUAGAAAUCUGAAGGAGAAACUCUGUGAGAAACAUCAGAAAAGUCUGGAGAUAUUCUGUAAAACUGAUGAUUCCUGUAUCUGCGUGAUGUGUGUGGUGACUGAACAUAAUGGGCAUAAAAUGGUCGAGCUGGAGACGGAAAGAGAAGAAAAGCAGAGACAGCUGGGGGCGACACUGAGUGACAUCAAGAGGAGACUUCUGAAGAGAGAGAAGACACUGAAGGAGACAAGGAGGGCAAGGGAGGAGAUGAAGGUGAGUGGAUUAGGAAGGCAACACUUCAUAUGAAAGAGAGGAAAAAUA